CCGAGGCUCCGCGAGAGGCUGAGGAGAGGACUGAGGAGAGGACUGAGGAGAGGACGGAGGAGAGGACCGGAGGAGGGGCGGGCUCCCGGCAAGGCCUUCGCUGCUGAACGAGUCCUGCAAAAGAUGGAGAAGGAGGAGGAGACAACGCGGGAGCUGCUGCUGCCCAACUGGCAGGGCAGCGGCUCCCACGGGCUGACCAUUGCCCAGAGGGACGACGGCGUCUUCGUGCAGGAGGUCGUGCAGAACUCCCCUGCGGCCCGCACGGGGGUGGUCAAGGAGGGGGACCAGAUUGUGGGUGCCACCAUCUACUUCGACAACCUGCAGUCGGGCGAGGUGACGCAGCUGCUGAGUACCAUGGGCCACCACACGGUGGGUCUGAAGCUGCACCGGAAGGGGGACCGCUCCCCCGAGCCGGGCCAGACCUGGACGCACGAAGUCUUCAGCUCCCGCACCUCUGAAGUGGUUCUGAGCGGGGAUGAUGAGGAGUACCAGCGCAUCUAUGCCACGAAGAUCAAGCCCCGGCUGAAGUCGGAGGACGGCGUGGAGGGGGACCCUGGGGAGACCCAGAGCCGCACCAUCACGGUGACUAGAAGGGUCACGGCCUACACGGUGGAUGUGACGGGCCGGGAAGGAGCCAAGGACAUCGACAUCAGCAGCCCUGAGUUCAAGAUCAAGAUUCCACGGCAUGAGCUGACCGAGAUCUCCACUGUGGAUGUGGAGACCCAGUCUGGGAAGACGGUGAUCAGACUGCCCUCGGGCUCGGGGGCCGUGUCUCCGACCACAGGCUCUGCCGUGGACAUGCGCGCAGGCUCCAUUGCCGCUUCGGGACCAGAGCUCCAUGGUGCUGACCACGCGAAGCUGCAGGUCACGGUGCCUGGGAUAAAGGAUGUGGAUCUGACCCUCGGGUCCUCCAAACUGAGAGGAGAUGUUAAGGUUUCCGCUCCGGGAAUGCAAGGCGACGUCAAAGGCCCUCAAGUGGCAGUUAAAGGCUCCAAAGUGGACAUAGAGUCACCCAGCCUAGAGGGGACCCUGGCAGGACCCAAGCUGAGCGGUCCUCCUGGGAAAACGGGAACCUGCAGCAUCUCCAUGGCAGAUGUAGACUUAAAUGUGGCUGCACCUAAAGGGAAAGGGGGUGUAGAUGUCACGCUCCCCAAAGUCGAAGGGAAAGUCAGAGUCCCCGAAGUUGAUGUCAAAGGCCCCAAAGUGGAUGUCGGUGCCCCAGAUGUGGAACUUCAUGGCCCAGAAUGGAACCUGAAAAUGCCCAAGAUGAAAAUGCCCAAGUUCAGCACUCCAGGAGUCAAAGGGGAAGGCUCAGAUGUAGACGUAAAUCUACCCAAAGGAGAUGUCAGUGUUACGGGGCCCAAGGUCAACGUGGAAGCUCCCGAUGUCAGCAUAGGAGGCCUGGGGGGCAGACUGAAAGGCCCUGAUGUUAAGUUGCCUGAAGUGAGUGUCAAGACACCAAAGGUCUCCAUGCCUGACGUAGAUCUGCACGUGAAAGGCCCCACGGUGAAAGGAGGGUACGAUGUAUCGGCACCUAAACUUGAAGGGGAACUGAAAGGCCCCCAGGUGGACAUCAAUGCCCCCGACGUGGAUGUUCACGGCCCAGAAUGGCAUCUGAAGAUGCCCAAGAUGAAAAUGCCCAAGUUCAGUGUGCCAGGGUUCAGAGCAGAGGGCCCAGAAGUGGAUGUGAACCUGCCCAAGCCUGAUGUGGACAUUUCCGGGCCCAAGGUAGAUGUCAGCGCUCCGGAUGUGAGGAUUGAGGGACCAGAAGGAAAAUUGAAAGGACCCAAAUUUAAGAUGCCUGAGAUGAAUGUCAAAGCCCCGAAGAUCUCCAUGCCCGAUGUGGACUUACAUUUGAAAGGCCCUAGUGUAAAAGGAGAAUACGAUGUUACGGUGCCAAAGGCUGAAGGUGAGAUGAAAGUUCCUGAUGUUGAACUUAAAAGUGCCAGAGUUGGCAUUGAUGUUCCAGAUGUGGACGUUCAAGGCCCAGACUGGAACUUGAAGAUGCCCCAAAUGAAAAUGCCCAAGUUCAGCGUGCCUGGCUUCAAAGCAGAGGGCCCAGAAAUGGGGGUGAACCUGCCUAAAGCUGACAUUGGCAUCUCAGGACCCAAGAUGGAUGUUGACAUUCCAGAUGUGAAUAUUGAAGGACCUGAAGGAAAGCUGAAGGGUCCCAAGUUUAAGAUGCCUGAGAUGAACAUCAAGGCCCCCAAGAUCUCCAUGCCUGAGGUGGACUUGCAUAUGAAAGGGCCCAAGGUAAAGGGAGAAUAUGAUAUUACGGUGCCAAAGCUGGAAGGUGACCUGAAAGGGCCAAAAGUAGAUGUCAGUGCACCAGAUGUUGAAGUUCAUGGUCCUGAUUGGAACCUGAAGAUGCCCAAGAUGAAAAUGCCCAAAUUUACCAUGCCCAGCCUCAAAGGAGAGGGUCCAGAAUUGGAUGUGAACCUGCCCAAAGCUGAUGUAGACCUUUCUGCACCCAAGGUAGAUGUUAGUGCUCCAGAUCUGAGCCUUGAGGGACCUGAAGGGAAGUUGAAAGGCCCCAAGUUUAAGAUGCCUGAGAUGCACUUCAAAGCUCCUAAGAUGACUCUGCCAGAUGUUGACCUCAAUCUUAAAGGACCCAAAGUGAAAGGAAAUCUAGAGAUGUCCGCACCAAAAAUAGAAGGUGAGAUGACAGUUCCAGACGUGGACCUCAAAGGGCCCAGCGUAGACAUUAAAGCACCAGAUGUGGAAGCACAAGGUGGAGACUGGAGCCUGAAAAUGCCCAAGAUGAAAAUGCCGAAGUUCAGCAUGCCUAGUUUCAAAGCAGAGGGCCCAGAAGUGGAUGUGAACCUGCCCAAGGCUGACAUUGACAUCGCCGGACCCAAGGUUGACGUUGAAGCUCCAGAUGUGAGCCUUGAGGGACCAGAAGGGAAGCUGAAGGGUCCCAAGUUCAAGAUGCCUGAUAUGCAUUUCAAGGCCCCCAAGAUCUCCAUGCCUGAUGUGGACUUACACUUGAAAGGCCCCAAGGUCAAAGGGGAUGUGGAUGUGUCUGUGCCCAAGAUAGAAGGUGAGAUGAAAGUGCCAGAUGUGGACAUCAAAGGACCCAAAGUGGACGUUGAUGUCCCAGAUGUGGAUGUGCAUGGACCGGACUGGCACCUGAAGAUGCCCAAGAUGAAAAUGCCCAAGUUCAGCAUGCCUGGCUUCAAAGGAGAGGGCCCAGAUGUGGAUGUGAACCUGCCCAAGGCUGACAUUGACAUCUCUGGACCCAAGGUUGACAUUGAAGCUCCAGAUGUGAGCCUUGAGGGACCAGAAGGGAAGCUGAAGGGUCCAAAGUUUAAGAUGCCUGACAUGCACUUCAAGACUCCCAAGGUCUCCAUGCCUGAUGUGAACUUGAAUCUUAAGGGACCAAAACUGAAAGGAGAUGUGGAUGUGUCUUUGCCUGAUGUAGAAGGUGAAAUAAAAGUGCCAGAUGUCAACCUUAAAGGGCCCAAAGCUGACAUCAGUGCUCCAGAUGUGGAUAUUCAUGGCCCAGACUGGCACCUGAAGAUGCCCAAGGUGAAAAUGCCCAAGUUCAGCAUGCCAGGUUUUAAAGGAGAGGGCCCAGAAGUGGAUGUGAACUUACCCAAGGCUGACUUUGAUGUCUCAGGACCCAAGGUGGAUGUUGAAGUCCCAGAUGUGAACAUUGAAGGCCCAGAUGCAAAACUAAAAGGUCCUAAAUUUAAGAUGCCAGAAAUGAAUAUAAAGCCUCAGAAGAUACCCAUACCAGAUGUUGGUUUGCAUUUGAAAGGUCCUAAAGUGAAAACAGAUUAUGACGUGACUGUCCCAAAAGUAGAAGGAGAGAUACAAACUCCUGAUGUCAACAUUAAAGGUCCCAAAGUAGACAUUAACGCACCAGACAUGGGAGCUCAUGGCCCAGACUGGCACCUGAAGAUGCCCAAGGUGAAAAUGCCCAAGUUCAGCAUGCCAGGCUUCAAAGGAGAGGGCCCUGAAGUGGAUGUGAACCUGCCCAAAGCCGACAUUAAUGUCUCUGGACCCAAGAUGGACAUUAAUGCUCCAGAUGUGACUCUUGAAGGUCCAGAGGGGAAACUAAAGGGUCCCAAGUUCAAGAUGCCAAGCAUGAAUAUACAGACACACAAAAUUUCUAUGCCUGAUGUUGGACUUAAUCUGAAAGCUCCUAAACUGAAAACAGAUGUUGAUGUUUCCCUUCCUAAAGUGGAAGGAGACUUGAAAGUUCCUGAAAUAGAUGUGAAAGCCCCUAAGGUGGAUGUGGAUGUUGGAGAUAUUGAUAUUGAAUGUCCUGAUGCAAAGUUGAAAGGACACAAGUUUAAGAUGCCUGACAUGCACUUCAAGGCCCCCAAGAUCUCCAUGCCUGAUGUGGACUUACACUUGAAAGGCCCCAAGGUCAAGGGGGAUGUCGAUGUGUCUGUGCCGAAAUUGGAGGGAGAUUUGAAGGGUCCCAGCGUGGAUGUGGAAGUGCCUGAUGUUGAUCUCGAAUGUCCUGAUGCAAAGUUGAAAGGACACAAGUUUAAGAUGCCUGAUAUGCAUUUCAAGGCCCCCAAGAUCUCCAUGCCUGAUGUGGACUUACACUUGAAAGGCCCCAAGGUCAAAGGGGACGUGGAUGUGUCUGUGCCCAAGAUAGAAGGUGAGAUGAAAGUGCCAGAUGUGGACAUCAAAGGACCCAAAGUGGACGUUGAUGUCCCAGAUGUGGAUGUGCAUGGACCGGACUGGCACCUGAAGAUGCCAAAGAUGAAAAUGCCCAAGUUCAGCAUGCCUGGCUUCAAAGGAGAGGGCCCAGAAGUGGAUGUGAACCUGCCCAAGGCUGAUAUUGACAUCUCCGGACCCAAGGUUGACAUUGAAGGCCCAGAUGUGAGCCUUGAGGUACCAGAAGGGAAGCUGAAGGGCCACAAGUUCAAGAUGCCUGACAUGCACUUUAAGGCCCCCAAGAUCUCCAUGCCUGAUGUGGACUUACACUUGAAAGGCCCCAAGGUCAAGGGGGAUGUGGAUGUGUCUGUGCCGAAAUUGGAGGGAGAUUUGAAGGGUCCCAGCGUGGAUGUGGAAGUGCCUGAUGUUGAUCUCGAAUGUCCUGAUGCAAAGUUGAAAGGGCACAAGUUUAAGAUGCCUGACAUGCACUUUAAGACCCCCAAGAUCUCCAUGCCUGAUGUGGACUUACACUUGAAAAGCCCCAAGGUCAAAGGGGAUGUGGAUGUCUCUGUGCCCAAGAUAGAAGGUGAGAUGAAAGUGCCAGAUGUGGACAUCAAAGGGCCCAAAGUGGACGUUGAUGUCCCAGAUGUGGAUGUGCAUGGACCGGACUGGCACCUGAAGAUGCCCAAGAUGAAAAUGCCCAAGUUCAGCAUGCCUGGCUUCAAAGCAGAGGGCCCAGAAGUGGAUGUGAACCUGCCCAAGGCUGAUAUUGACAUCUCUGGACCCAAGGUUGACAUUGAAGGCCCAGAUGUGAGCCUUGAGGUACCAGAAGGGAAGCUGAAGGGCCACAAGUUCAAGAUGCCGGACAUGCACUUCCAUGCCCCCAAGAUCUCCAUGCCUGAUGUUGACUUCAACUUAAAGGGGCCUAAAAUGAAAGGAGACUUUGAUGUUUCAGUCCCAAAGAUGGAAGGAGAGUUAAAGGGUCCAGAAUUGGAUGUUAAGGGCCCCAAAUUGGAUGUUGACAUGCCAGAUGUAGCUGUGGAAGGCCCAGAUGGCAAAUGGAAAAGUCCUAAAUUCAAGAUGCCAGACAUGCAUUUUAAAACUCCUAAAAUCUCCAUGCCAGACAUUAAUCUACACUUAAAAAGCCCCAAGAUCAAGGGAGAGGUGGAUGUAGAUGUUCCCAAGUUGGAAGGCGACCUCAAAGGUGACCUCAGUGGGCCAGAUAUAGACAUUGAGGGACCAGAGGGCAAAUUGAAAGGCCCCAAAUUCAAGAUGCCUGACAUGCAUUUCAAAGCCCCAAAUAUAUCUAUGCCUGAUGUGGACCUAAAUCUGAAAGGACCGAAAAUCAAGGGGGAUGUCGAUGUGUCUGUGCCUGAAGUAGAAGGUAAAAUUCAAGUACCAGAUGUGAACGUCAAGAGCCCCAAAGUAGACAUAAGUGCUCCUGAAGUUCAUGGCCCAGACUGGCACCUGAAGAUGCCCAAGAUGAAAAUGCCCAAGUUCAGCAUGCCUGGCUUCAAAGGAGAGGGCCCAGAAGUGGAUGUGAAUCUUCCCAAGGCUGACAUGGAUGUCUCAGGACCCAAGGUUGACAUUGAAGCCCCAGAUGUAAGCAUUGAGGGUCCAGAGGGAAAAAUCAAGGGGCCUAAAUUUAAGAUGCCAGAGAUGAACAUCAAAGCCCCAAAGAUUUCCAUGCCUGAUGUAGAUUUACAUUUGAAAGGCCCUAAGGUCAAAGGAGACGCAGACAUUUCCCUGCCUAAGGUGGAAGGUGACUUCAAGGGCCCCAAAGUGGACAUUGAUGCCCCAGAUGUGGACGUUCAAGGCCCAGACUGGCACCUGAAGAUGCCCAAGAUGAAAAUGCCCAAGUUCAGCAUGCCAGGCUUCAAAGGAGAGGGCCCUGAAGUGGAUGUGAACCUGCCCAAGGCUGACAUUGACAUCUCUGGACCCAAGGUUGACAUUGAAGCCCCAGAUGUGAGCAUUGAGGGCCCAGAAGGAAAACUCAAGGGCCCUAAGUUCAAGAUGCCGGAAAUGCACUUCCAUGCCCCCAAGAUCUCCAUGCCUGACUUUGAUUUGCAUAUGAAAGGUCCCAAAGUAAAGGGUGAUGUGGACGUUUCUCUGCCUAAAGUUGAAGGCCCUGAAGUUGACAUCAAGGGCCCCAAAGUGGACAUUGAUGCCCCAGAUGUGGAUGUUCAAGGCCCAGACUGGCAUCUGAAGAUGCCCAAAGUGAAAAUGCCCAAGUUCAGCAUGCCAGGCUUCAAAGGAGAGGGCCCGGAAGUGGAUGUGAACCUGCCCAAAGCCGACAUCGAUGUCUCAGCACCCAAAGUGGACCUUGAAUGUCCUGAUGUGAAUAUUGAAGGACCUGAAGGAAAGUGGAAAAGUCCAAAAUUUAAGAUGCCUGAUAUGCAUUUUAAGACACCGAAGAUAUCCAUGCCAGAUAUUGAUCUUAAUCUAACAGGACCAAAAAUAAAAGGAGAUAUGGAUGUCACAGGUCCUAAGGUAGAGGGAGAUCUGAAAGGCCCUGAAGUUGACCUCAAAGGCCCCAAAGUGGACAUUGAUGUCCCAGAUGUGGACGUUCAUGGCCCAGACUGGCACUUGAAAAUGCCCAAGAUGAAAAUGCCAAAGUUCAGCAUGCCUGGCUUCAAAGGAGAGGGCCCAGAAGUGGAUGUGAACCUCCCCAAGACUGACAUUGAUGUAACUGGACCCAAGGUAGACAUUGAGGGCCCUGAUGUUAACAUUGAAGGACCAGAAGGAAAGCUGAAGGGUCCCAAGUUUAAGAUGCCUGAGAUGAACAUCAAGGCCCCCAAGAUCUCCAUGCCAGACUUUGAUUUGCAUUUGAAAGGUCCCAAAGUAAAGGGUGAUGUGGACGUUUCUCUGCCUAAAGUUGAAGGCCCUGAAGUUGACAUCAAGGGCCCCAAAGUGGAUGUUGAUGUCCCAGAUGUGGAUGUUCACGGCCCAGACUGGCACCUGAAGAUGCCCAAGGUGAAAAUGCCCAAGUUCAGCAUGCCAGGCUUCAAAGGAGAGGGCCCGGAAGUGGAUGUGAACCUGCCCAAGGCCGACAUCAGUGUCUCUGGACCCAAGGUGGACAUUGAAGGUCCUGAUGUCAAUCUAGAAGGCCCGGAUGCAAAACUGAAGGGCCCCAAGUUCAAGAUGCCAGAUAUGAACAUCAAAGCCCCCAAGAUCUCCAUGCCUGACAUUGAUCUUAACCUGAAAGGCCCCAAAGUGAAGGGUGAUGUGGACGUGUCUUUACCAAAAGUGGAAGGUGAGAUUAAAGUUCCUGAAGUGGAUAUUAAAGGCCCUAAAGUGGACAUCGAUGUCCCAGAUGUGGAUGUGCAUGGUCCCGACUGGCACCUGAAGAUGCCCAAGGUGAAAAUGCCCAAGUUCAGCAUGCCUGGCUUCAAAGGAGAGGGCCCGGAAGUGGAUGUGAACCUGCCCAAAGCUGACUUCGAUGUCUCAGGACCCAAGGUGGACAUUGAUGUUCCAGAUGUGAAUAUCGAAGGUCCAGAUGCAAAACUGAAGGGCCCCAAGUUCAAGAUGCCAGAGAUGAACAUCAAAGCUCCUAAGAUAUCAAUGCCAGAUUUGGACCUUAAUCUUAAAGGCCCUAAAAUGAAAGGAGAGGUGGAUGUUUCACUUCCAAAUGUAGAAGGUGAUUUGAAAGGGCCUGCUCUUGACAUCAAGGGCCCGAAGAUAGAUUUAGAUGCUCCAGCUGUUGACAUUCAUGGUCCAGAAGGCAAACUGAAAGGCCCAAAAGUGAAGAUGCCUGACAUGCAUGUAAACAUGCCCAAGAUCUCCAUGCCAGAAAUUGACCUGAAUUUGAAAGGUUCAAAGCUUAAGGGAGAGGUUGAUGUUUCUGGGCCCAAAUUAGAAGGUGACAUUAAAGCUCCUAAGUUGGAUGUAAAGGGCCCAGAAGUGGACAUUUCUGGUCCUAAGCUCAAUAUUGAAGGCAAGUCAAAGAAAUCUCGUUUUAAGCUUCCCAAAUUUAACUUUUCCGGCUCCAAAGUCCAGACACCUGAGGUGGAUGUCAAAGUUAAAAAGCCAGAUAUUGAUGUGACAGGCCCCAAAGUUGACAUCAAUGCUCCUGAUGUUGAAGUCCAAGGAAAAGUAAAAGGAUCCAAGUUCAAAAUGCCUUUCCUGAGUAUCUCAUCUCCUAAAGUUUCUAUGCCUGAUGUAGAGUUAAAUCUUAAGUCUCCUAAAGUCAAAGGAGACCUAAAUGUUGCAGGCCCUGAUUUAGAAGGCGACUUUAAAGGACCCCAAGUGGAUGUUAAGGCACCAGAAGUCCAUCUUGAUGCACCUGAUGUGGAUGUUCAUGGUCCAGACUGGAAUUUGAAAAUGCCCAAGAUGAAAAUGCCCAAGUUUGGUGUGCCUGGCUUAAAAGCAGAAGGGCCAGAUAUGUCUGUGGAUCUGCCAAAAGGAGAUAUCAACAUAGAGGCUCCCAAAAUGGACAUUGAGGGCCCAGAAAUCAGUGUGGAAGGUCUAGAAGGAGGCUUAAAAGGUCCCAAACUCAAGAUGCCUGACAUGAAUAUUAAAGCUCCCAAGAUCUCCAUGCCUGACAUUGAUUUAAAUCUGAAGGGUCCCAAGGUAAAAGGUGAUGUGGAUGUUUCUCUGCCCAAAGUGGAAGGAGAUCUGAAAGGUCCAGGGAUUGAUAUCAAAGGGCCCAAAGUGGAUAUUAAUGCCCCUGAUGUAGACGUCCAUGGCCCAGACUGGCACCUCAAGAUGCCUAAGGUGAAAAUGCCCAAGUUCAGCAUGCCAGGCUUCAAAGGAGAGGGCCCAGAAGUGGAUAUAAACCUGCCCAAGGCUGACAUUGAUGUUCCCGAUGUGAGUAUCGAAGGUCCAGAUGCGAAACUGAAGGGCCCCAAGUUCAAGAUGCCUGAGAUGAACAUCAGAGCUCCCCAAAUCUCCAUGCCUGACAUUGAUCUGAACCUGAAGGGCCCCAAAAUGAAGGGUGAUGUAGACGUGUCUUUGCCCAAAGUGGAAGGUGACCUAAAGGGCCCUGAGGUGGACAUCAAGUGCCCCAAAGUGGACAUUGACACUCCUGACAUUAACAUUGAAGGCCCAGAGGGGAAAUUGAAGGGCCCCAAAUUCAAGAUGCCAGAGAUGCACCUGAAGGCUCCCAAGAUCUCCAUGCCUGACAUUGACUUAAACCUGAAAGGCCCCAAGGUGAAGGGUGAUAUGGACGUUUCUCUUCCCAAGAUUGAAGGGGAUCUGAAAGGCCCUGAGGUUGACAUCAAGGGUCCAAAAGUGGACAUUAAUGCCCCUGAUGUGGACGUCCAUGGCCCAGACUGGCAUCUGAAGAUGCCAAAGGUGAAAAUGCCAAAAUUCAGCAUGCCUGGCUUCAAAGGAGAGGGCCCGGAAGUGGAUGUGAACCUGCCCAAGGCUGACAUUGAUGUCUCAGCACCCAAAGUGGACAUUGAAGGCCCUGACAUUAAUAUUGAGGGGCCUGAGGGAAAGUUGAAAGGUCCGAAGUUCAAAAUGCCGGAGAUGAACAUCAAAGCCCCCAAGAUCUCCAUGCCUGAUUUGGAUUUGCAUCUGAAAGGUCCUAAGGUCAAAGGAGAUGUGGACGUUUCCCUGCCUAAUGUGGAAGGUGAUCUGAAAGGCCCUGAAGUUGACAUCAAGGGCCCCAAAGUGGACAUUAAUGCACCAGAUGUGGAUGUUCAAGGCCCAGACUGGCACCUGAAGAUGCCCAAAGUGAAAAUGCCCAAGUUCAGCAUGCCAGGCUUCAAAGGAGAGGGCCCGGAAGUGGAUGUGAACCUGCCCAAGGCUGAUAUUGAUGUCUCAGCACCCAAAGUAGAUGUUGAAAUUCCAGAUGUCAAUCUAGAAGGCCCGGAUGCAAAACUGAAGGGCCCCAAGUUCAAGAUGCCAGAGAUGAACAUCAAGGCCCCCAAGAUCUCCAUGCCUGACUUUGAUUUGCAUCUGAAAAGUCCUAAGGUGAAAGGUGAUGUAGAUGUUUCUCUGCCUAAGGUGGAAGGUGACUUAAAGGCCCCUGAAGUUGACAUCAAAGGCCCCAAAGUGGAUAUCGAUGUCCCAGACGUGGACGUUCAAGGCCCAGAUUGGCACCUGAAGAUGCCCAAAGUGAAAAUGCCCAAGUUCAGCAUGCCAGGCUUCAAAGGAGAGGGCCCGGAAGUGGAUGUGAACCUGCCCAAGGCUGACAUUGAUGUCUCAGGACCCAAGGUGGACAUAGACACUCCUGACAUUGACAUUCAUGGCCCAGAAGGGAAACUGAAGGGCCCCAAGUUCAAAAUGCCUGACCUGCAUCUCAAAGCACCCAAGAUCUCCAUGCCUGAGGUCGACCUGAAUCUGAAGGGUCCUAAAGUAAAGGGCGAUGUGGACGUUUCUCUGCCCAAAGUGGAAGGGGACCUCAAGGGCCCUGAACUUGACAUCAAAGGCCCCAAAGUGGACAUCGAUGUCCCUGAUGUGGACGUGCAUGGUCCCGACUGGCACCUGAAGAUGCCCAAGGUGAAAAUGCCCAAGUUCAGCAUGCCUGGCUUCAAAGGAGAGGGCCCAGAUGUAGAUGUGAACCUGCCCAAAGCUGACAUUGAUGUUCCAGAUGUGAGUAUCGAAGGUCCAGAUGCAAAACUGAAGGGCCCCAAAUUCAAGAUGCCUGAGAUGAACAUCAAAGCUCCUAAGAUCUCCAUGCCUGACCUUGACUUGAACCUGAAAGGUCCCAAAGUAAAGGGUGAUGUGGAUGUUUCCCUGCCUAAGGUGGAAGGUGACCUCAAGGGCCCUGGAAUUGACAUCAAAGGCCCUAAAGUGGACAUCGAUGUCCCUGAUGUGGAUGUUCAUGGUCCCGACUGGCACCUGAAGAUGCCCAAGGUGAAAAUGCCCAAGUUCAGCAUGCCUGGCUUCAAAGGAGAGGGCCCAGAUGUAGAUGUGAACCUCCCUAAAGCUGACAUUGAUCUCUCUGGCCCCAAAGUGGAUAUUGCUACCCCAGAUCUGAAUAUCGAAGGUCCGGAUGCAAAAUUGAAGGGCCCCAAGUUCAAGAUGCCCGAGAUGAACAUCAAAGCCCCCAAGAUCUCCAUGCCUGACUUUGACUUAAGCCUGAAAGGGCCGAAGGCGAAGGGCGAUGUGGACCUCUCACUGCCUAAGGUGGAAGGUGAUCUGAAAGGACCAGAAGUGGACAUUGAAGGUCCUGAAGGUAAACUCAAAGGCCCCAAGUUUAAGAUGCCGGAUGUGCAUUUCAAAACCCCACAAAUCUCCAUGAGUGACAUUGAUUUGAACUUGAAAGGACCUAAAGUAAAAGGAGAUUUGGACCUUUCCGUUCCUAAACUGGAAGGUGAUCUGAAAGGCCCCAAAGUGGAUAUUAAAGGCCCUAAGCUGGACAUAGACACUCCUGACAUUGACAUUCAUGGCCCAGAAGGGAAACUGAAGGGCCCCAAGUUCAAAAUGCCUGACCUGCAUCUCAAAGCACCCAAGAUCUCCAUGCCUGAGGUCGACCUGAAUCUGAAGGGUCCUAAAGUAAAGGGCGAUGUGGACGUUUCUCUGCCCAAAGUGGAAGGGGACCUCAAGGGCCCUGAACUUGACAUCAAAGGCCCCAAAGUGGACAUCGAUGUCCCUGAUGUGGACGUGCAUGGUCCCGACUGGCACCUGAAGAUGCCCAAGGUGAAAAUGCCCAAGUUCAGCAUGCCUGGCUUCAAAGGAGAGGGCCCAGAUGUGGAUGUGAACCUGCCCAAAGCUGACUUCGAUGUCUCCGGACCUAAGAUGGACAUUGAUGUUCCAGAUGUGAAUAUCGAAGGUCCAGAUGCAAAACUGAAGGGUCCCAAGUUCAAGAUGCCUGAGAUGAACAUCAAAGCUCCUAAGAUCUCCAUGCCUGACCUUGAUCUGAACCUGAAGGGCCCCAAAAUGAAGGGCGAUGUGGAUGUUUCCCUGCCUAAGGUGGAAGGUGACCUCAAGGGCCCUGGAAUGGACAUGAAAGGGCCCAAAGUGGACAUCGAUGUCCCUGAUGUGGAUGUUCAUGGUCCCGACUGGCACCUGAAGAUGCCCAAAGUGAAAAUGCCCAAGUUCAGCAUGCCAGGCUUCAAAGGAGAGGGCCCAGAAGUAGACGUGAACUUGCCCAGGGCUGACUUUGAUGUCUCAGGACCUAAGAUGGACAUUGAUGUUCCAGAUGUGAAUAUUGAAGGUCCAGACGCAAAACUGAAGGGUCCCAAGUUCAAGAUGCCUGAGAUAAACAUCAAAGCUCCCAAAAUCUCCAUGCCUGAUGUUGACCUAGAUUUGAAGGGACCCAAAGUCAAAGGAGAUUUUGAUGUGUCUGUUCCUAAGAUGGAAGGUUCUUUCAAAGGCCCAGAAGUAGACUUUAAAGGUCCAGGUCUGGAGUUUGAAGGCCCCGAUGCCAAACUCAGUGGCCCACAUUUGAAGAUGCCGUCACUGGAUAUAUCUGCCCCUAAAGUCACUGUUCCUGAUGUUGAUUUGCAUCUCAAGACACCCAAAAUUGGAAUUUCUGGUCCCAAAUUAGAAGGCAGCGAACUGGACCUUAAGGGGCCUAAAGUUGACUUAGAAGCUCCGACCUUAGAUGUACACAUGGAGGGCCCAGAUGUUAACCUUGAGGGGCCAGAUGUCAAAAUUCCCAAAGUUAAGAAACCCAAGUUUGGAUUUGGGGCCAAAAGCCCCAAGGCCGACUUCAAGUCCCCGUCGGCCGAGGUGACUGUUCCUGAGGCAGAGCUCAGCGCCGAGACUCCUGACAUCAGUGUCGGCGGCAAGGGCAAGAAAAGUAAGUUCAAGAUGCCCAAGAUCCACAUGAGCGGCCCCAAAAUUAAAACCAAGAAACAAGGGUUUGAUUUGAAUGUUCCUGGCGGCGAAAUGGAUGCCAGUCUCAAGGCUCCCGACGUAGACGUGAACGUGGCGGGGCCGGAUGCCACACUGAAGGUCGAUGUGAAAUCCCCCAAGACCAAGAAGCCUAUGUUUGGGAAGAUGUACUUCCCCGAUGUGGAGUUUGACCUUAAAUCAUCCAAAUUUCGAGCGGAGGCCUCCCUCCCUAGCCCCAAAAUGGAGGGCGAAAUCCAGGCGUGCGACCUGGACGUUUCCUCGCCAGGGAUUAACCUGGAAGGUCCUGACGUCAAGCUGAAGGCGCCCACGAUCAAGGUGCCCGGCGUGGAUGUCUCCGGGCCCCACAUCGAGGGUCACCUGAAGGGCCCCAGGCUGCAGGCAAACGUGGACGCCCCGGACAUCCACCUCGAAGGCCCCGAUGCUCACGUCAGAGCGCCGUCCUUCGGCGUUUCUGCCCCUCAGGUCUCCAUCCCCGAUGUGAACGUUAGCUUGAAAGGACCAAAGAUCCAGGGCGACGUCCCCAGUGUGGGACUGGAAGGCCCAGACCUAGAUCUGCAAGGCCCGGACGCGAAAAUCAAGUUCCCCAAGUUUUCGAUGCCCAAGAUCGGCGUCCCCGGCGUGAAAGUGGAGGGUGGGGGAGCCGAGGUCCAGGCCCAGCUGCCCUCGCUGGAAGGAGGCGUGAGUGCACCGGACGUUAAGCUCGAAGGGCCGGACGUGUCUCUGAAGGGGCCGAGGGUAGACUUGCCUUCAGUGAACCUCUCGAUGCCAAAAGUCUCUGGACCUGACCUCGACCUGAACUUGAAAGGACCAAGCGUGAAGGGAGACCUGGCUGUCUCUGGUGACGUCAAGGGCCCUAAAGUAUCAGUAGGUGCCCCUGACCUCAGCUGGGAGGCACCUGAAGGCGGCAUCAAAUUUCCCCAAAUGAAGCUGCCCCAGUUUGGCAUCUCCACUCCGGGGUCCGACUUGGACAUGAACAUCAAGGGGCCCCAGGUUACUGGAGAGCUGAAGGGGCCAGGCGUGGAUGUGAACCUCGGGGGCCUCAACUUGAAAGGGCCUCAAAUCUCGGCCCCGGAUGUGGACUUGUGCUUGGAAGGACCAAAAGGGAAAGGGAGCCUGCACAUGCCUGGCGUGAAGGCCCCCGCGUGUGGUCUGGAGCUGCAGGGGGGGAAGGUGAGACUCCCCACGGGGCAGGUCUCUGGCCCCGAAAUCAAAGGCGGCCUGAAAGGUUCGGGGACGGGUGUCCACGGGGCCGCUCCCGACAUCAGCGUGAAAGGACCUUCGUUCACUGUGGCGUCUCCCGAGUCCGAUCUCGGUGUCAGCUUGAAGGGCCCGAAAAUCCAAGGAGGUGUGGAUGUUUCAGGGGGUGUCAGCGCCCCGGACAUCAGCCUGGGGGAAGGGCACCUGAGCGCCAAAGGUUCUGGGGCCGAGUGGAAAGGCCCCCAGGUUUCCGCUCUCAACCUGGGUGCACCCACGUUGGCGGGCGGACUUCAUUUCUCAGGACCAAAGGCGGAAGGAGGAGGGAAAGGAGGCCAGAUCGGACUCCAGGGUCCUGGGCUGAGCGUGUCCGGGCCGCAAGGUCACUUGGAAAGCACAUCUGGAAAAGUAACAUUCCCUAAGAUGAAAAUCCCCAAGUUCACCACUGGCCGCGAGCUGGUGGGCAGAGAAGUGGGGGUGGAUAUCAAUUUCCCUAAAGGGGAGGCCGGCGGCCAGGCUGGUGCCGGAGAGGUCGAGUGGGAAGAGGCCGACGUCAAACUUAAGAAGUCCAAAAUCAAAAUGCCCAAGUUCACUUUCUCCAAACAGAAAGGGAAAGGCGGCGCCACCGGCUCGCCAGAAGCUUCCAUCUCGGGGUCCAAGGGGGACCUGAAGAGCUCCAAGGCCAGCCUGGGCUCUCUGGAGGGAGAGGCCGAGGCCGAGGCCUCGUCACCCAAAGCCAAGUUCUCCUUCUUUAAAAGCAAGAAGCCGCGGCACCGCUCCAACUCCUUCAGCGACGAGAGAGAGUUCUCGGCGCCGACCACCCCGACCGGGACUCUGGAGUUCGAAGGCGGCGACGUGUCGCUGGAAGGCGGAAAGGUCAAAGGGAAACACGGGAAGCUGAAAUUUGGUACCUUUGGUGGAUUAGGGUCAAAGAGCAAAGGUCAUUACGAGGUGACUGGCAGUGAUGACGAGGCGGGCAAGUUACAGGGGAGCGGAGUGUCCUUGGCCUCUAAGAAGUCCCGGCUGUCCUCCUCUUCCAGCAACGACAGCGGGACGAAGGUCGGCAUCCAGCUUCCCGAGGUGGAGCUGGUGGUUUCCACCAAGAAAGAGUAGCCGGCCUGUGUACAUACGUGCUGUGUACAUACAUGUGGAAGAACACACAGCUUUGGGCGUGUUUGUGUAUACCCUCCGGCGAGCAGCACGCCCGCAGCCUCGGCGGCGGCGGGGCACAGAGCUGGCUCGCAGGGCAGGGGCCGGCCAGCCGCCGCCCUGGGCCCGGGCGCUUCCGACGUCCGAGAGUCCCGGCUUGGCCGGCCGCGGGCAGAGUCAGCAGUAUUUGCCUUAAGAUUUCUUUUUUUAUUUUAUUUUUUUGCAUUGAACGCUGAGAACUCCCGUUUCCUACGCAGGCUUUGUGCUUAUUAUCCUUGUUUUUACUGGACGUGGGUAGUGUUGGGGUCGUUGGGAACCCACUUCCUUUUUCAUUGUAACGACUUGGCGGGUUUUUGUUAGUGAGGGGGGGUGGGGUAGAAGGCAGUCAAGGGAACCAGACCUCCAUUUCUUCUAAGAUUGGGUCCGCUCACACAGCAGACACCCCAAGGUGGCCGAGAGGAGCGGGCAGGCUGGGCGUGGGGGUGUUCUCUGCAGAAACCCUUAGCGGUGCUGUCCCCCCACGGUGAGAGGGAGCGAGGAUCUGUGGGCAGAUGGGCUGACCCCCGGUUCAGCGCCAGGGCUGCCGUCCUGGGCCUGGUAAGGGGAGUGUUUUCUUCACGGCCACCCUGUUCCUCAUACUCGUUCUGAUUUCUUUUAACAAAUGUUACCAUGAUUAAGAACUCCCCCCCCCCCCCGCACUUUAAUGGCAACUUAAUUAAGAAUGUAAGAAAAUCGAUGCUGUCAAAGGCAAAUAAAGCUGUUUAUUAACCUGA